AUGGAUUCUCUCACCACCCACCCUUCCAAUGCGCAGCAGGCCCGUGCCUUCACUGCUACCUCGUCGCUGUCUUUCCCUGGUGGCGCUGGGGACCUGACCCCUCCCAACUCUGACAAGGAGGCUAUGGCGCAGGGCGUUCAGGGCGGAAAUGGCAUGAAUGGCCAGCCUGGAGGAAAUGCCAUCCAUGGCACCGGGGUGACUCCCGCUUCUCCUGCUACCCCCGCCGCGACCCCUGGCGCGACCACGGGAAGCAGCGGCAUUGUCCCAACCUUGCAGAACAUCGUUGCUACUGUCAACCUUGACUGUCGUCUUGAUCUUAAGACUAUUGCGCUGCACGCACGCAACGCCGAGUACAACCCAAAGCGUUUCGCUGCCGUCAUCAUGCGUAUCCGUGAACCUAAGACUACCGCGCUCAUCUUCGCUUCCGGCAAGAUGGUUGUCACUGGUGCCAAGUCCGAGGAUGAUUCAAAGCUGGCUUCGCGCAAGUAUGCGCGUAUUAUUCAGAAACUUGGUUUCAACGCCAAGUUUACCGAUUUCAAAAUCCAGAACAUCGUCGGCUCCUGCGAUAUCAAAUUCCCCAUCCGUCUGGAAGGGUUGGCCUCUCGUCACCACAACUUCAGCUCCUACGAGCCUGAGUUGUUCCCUGGUUUGAUCUAUCGCAUGAUGAAGCCCAAGAUCGUUCUCUUGAUUUUCGUCAGUGGCAAGAUUGUCCUGACUGGUGCUAAAGUCCGCGAGGAGAUCUACCAGGCUUUCGAGCUGAUCUACCCUGUGCUUUCUGAUUUCCGCAAGGUCUAA